AUGAAGAGCGCCGAGAGGCCCGCGGCUAGAAAGCGAGACAACAGAGCAAGUGCAGCGGAAAGGUUCCGGUCGGACCAACCUGGAUUUCCUCCGCAGCCCGAAAGUAUGGUGUCGAGAGGACUCUACGCUAGGAGGGAAAGACCCAUUGAGUCCUCGCUAAUUAUCCAACAGGCUGCGAAGACAGGAAUAAGCGAAGGACGAAAAGAGAAAGAAGAAGGAGAAAAUAAAAAGAAGAAGGAGAAAAAGGAGGCUGAAAAACAAAGUAGAGUAGGGCGGGGUGAGUGUCCUCUCCGUCUGGUUCCUGACCUGCCGCACUCCGAAAUAGCGAGACCUCUCCGGCCCGGCUCCGCGUCUCUGUCUCUUGUCUGUCGGUGUCUGUCUGUGUCUGGCCGUGUCGGUUCUUGUCUGAACGGCUCUGGCUAG